CGGGCUCCGGGCUUCGGGCGGACGAUGCGGCGGCGCGGCCGGAGCGGCGGCGGGAAGCGGAGGCGGAGGUGACGCGCCGGGGCCGGCGGGCCGGGCCAUGAAGCGCUCCCGGGCGGCCGCGGACGAGGCGGCUCUGCUCCUGGCCGGGCUGGCCCUGCGGGAGCCGGAGCCGGGCGGCGACUCUCCGGGCCGGGGUCGACGGGGGCCGCGGCCCGGGCCGGGCGACGAGGCGGCGCAGGCGUUGGGCCGCAGAGGGCAGGGCGGCGGCGGUGGCGGUGGCCCCGAGGCCGGGGUGGACGGACUGAGCCGCGGGGAGCGAGGCCCGCGGCGCGCGGCGGCCCCCGAGCUCAGCGCGCAGCCGGCGGGCAGCCCGCGGGCCAGCCUGGCGGGCUCCGACGGCGGCGGCGGCGGCAGCGGCAGCGCCCGCUCCAGCGGCAUCAGCCUGGGCUACGACCAGCGCCACGGCAGCCCGCGCUCGGGCCGCUCGGACCCGCGCCCGGGCCCCGGGCCGCCGUCGGUGGGCAGCGCCCGCUCCAGCGUGUCCAGCCUCGGCUCCCGCGGCUCGGCCGGCGCCUAUCCCGACCUGCUCCUGCCCGGCGCCUGCUCCGCGUCGGCUCGCUCCCCGGAGCCCGCCGGGCCGGCCCCUUUCGCUCUGCCUUCGCUCCAGCUGCCCCCGGGCCGGGAGGGCGGCCCGAGCGCGGCGGAGCGGCGGCUGGAGGCGCUGACCCGAGAGCUGGAGCGGGCGCUGGAGGCGCGCACGGCGCGGGACUACUUCGGUAUUUGCAUCAAGUGUGGGCUUGGCAUCUAUGGAGCAAGGCAGGCGUGCCAGGCAAUGGGGAGCCUGUAUCACACUGAUUGCUUCACCUGCAACUCCUGUGGGAGACGACUUCGAGGGAAGGCUUUCUACAAUGUGGGUGAGAAAGUGUACUGCCAGGAGGACUUCCUGUACUCCGGGUUCCAGCAAACGGCUGACAAGUGUAGCGUGUGUGGACACCUCAUCAUGGAGAUGAUCCUGCAGGCCCUUGGGAGGUCCUACCACCCAGGCUGCUUCCGGUGCUCGGUGUGCAACGAGUGCCUGGAUGGGGUGCCCUUCACUGUGGACGUGGAAAACAACAUCUACUGUGUUAGAGAUUAUCACACGGUUUUUGCACCAAAAUGUGCCUCCUGUGCCCGUCCUAUCCUCCCUGCACAGGGCUGUGAGACAACCAUCCGUGUGGUGUCUAUGGACAGAGACUACCACGUGGAAUGCUAUCACUGUGAGGACUGCGGGCUGCAGCUGAGCGGGGAGGAUGGACGCCGCUGCUACCCCCUGGAGGGCCACCUGCUGUGCCGCCGCUGCCACCUGCGGCGCCUCCGGCCAGGCCCGCUUCCUUCACCUGCCGUGCACGUCACCGAGCUCUGAACCGGGGCGGGGAGCCCGGCCCUGGGGCCGUGUGUUUGUGUGCGCGUGCGCACGCGCGAGUUUUCUGCGCACGCGCGUGUCUUUGCGCGGGUAUAUUUUGGCGCGCGCGCCGGCGAUGGGUGACCCAGGUCAGUGUCAGGGCUUUUUGUCAGGGUGGGCGCGGCCGCCGGCUCCCACCCCACCCCCUACCCCCGCCAGCCAUCGAGCUGCUGUCCGAGGGGCCGGCCCCGCGGCGAAGCUACUAAUAUUUAUUCACCGUCUGUGCCUCCUCCAGCCGCUUCCUUUCUUUCGGGCCCUGCCUGCCUCCCGCCCCCACCCCACCACCAGCCUUCUGUUUCGGGACCCCCUGUGCCCCGUAGCCUCGGGGGCAGGCUCCCGGACCGGCUGUGGGUCGCGCGGCUGAAGAGGGCCGUCCCCACGUGCAGGGGCGCGGGGUACACGGCCGCCGUCCUCCCGCUGGCCUCCGCGUGGGAGCCAGCCUCCCUGUGUAGAAGGGGUCUGGGACCCCCUUCAAG